UGCAUGCUGCAUGGGGCUUUUUUGCCGUCAAUUCCUGUAUUUUAGCCAAAGAUCCUUGGGUUGAAUUGUUUUGCAGACAGGGAAUCUCACAUUUCUUUUCUGUUAGACGGGGUAUUUUAUGCAAACAACAUGCAAACAACAGUGUAUGAAAAAGGUACUAGAUAUCAAUAAUGUGACAAAGAAAGAGUCAAACUUACUGUUUUGCAGUACUGUUUGCGAAGACGUGCUGCAGAUAGAAUGCGGUCGACUGGAAUCUACCGUCGGGUUGGAAGAUCUGGGAUGUUUGGAAAUUGACAGUCAGUACAUGUCGUGUUGGGACGGAACUAGUCCCGGACGAGGGUCUGGGGUGUUUCACACAUUCCAGGCCUGUGACGGCGUGGAAGACUGCUCUACAGGGAGGGACGAGGAAAAUUGUGAUGAUUGUGCGUUGGAAUGUCAGACGGAAUUUUCCUCCUGUGUGCCAAGUAGCUGGAUCUGUGAUGAAAUAGAAGAUUGUGUGGAUGGGAAGGACGAACAAGGGUGUGUAAAAGGUGUGCCCAAACACUGCUUCUUCACCUGCCGUAACAACGUCACCUGCCUGCCGUCACGUCAGCUGGGGGACGGGCAUCAUGACUGUUCGUACGGGGAGGACGAAAUACCAAGCAAUGUUGAAGAUGCAGUGAGACGCUUGUGGGGCUCAUGUAGAUUCAACUGUCCGGCCGUCUACGGCAACGCGUCGUGCGUUCCUGACGCGUUCGUUUGUGAUGGUGACGCGGACUGCUUGGGGGAGGAGGACGAGCAGGGCUGUUCAGUCGUGGAGGAAAGACAGAAUGAUGAUUGCGAUACCGUCAGCUGUGACACGCCUGGUAACGCCAUGGGUUCAAUCUGUGUGCCAUCUUAUUGGGUCUGUGACGGGUACCCGAACUGUGCGUCAGGGGAGGACGAACAGGGGUGUGACAACGCAGAUGGUGUGUCCACACAAACCAGCAGCGCACCGAGCGACGGUCUGCAAACUGCUGCUGGGGGUCAGGAAGAGACCUGGGGGCCAACAGAUGGUCAACAGCCACAGAGCGAAUCAAAUGCAGAGCAGUCAAGAGGCCAAGGAUCACCAGGUAACAAUGCCAAUACUGCAAAUGUUUUACAGUCUCCUUAA